AUGUCAGAACCAUCUAGUACAAACCAGUUUCGUGAUGCAUUGAGCAGGUGGAAUAAUUCUCGUACACAAACCAGCCAAGCAGAGGAAUCUAAUGCCGGGUCCUUCUUUAGUCGACUAUCAGAGAAUUUGAACACAAGGGCUAAUGAUGUCUACCAAAGGUUGCCAAUGACAAGACAGGAUUUAAUGCAAAAUACUGAAGAACCAUCCUGGUUCUCACUUUCCAGGACUGAACGAUUGAUUUUAUUCGUCUGUUUCCUCCUGGGAGCAGCUGCCUGCUUCACACUAUGUAUAUUCCUCUUCCCCGUAUUGGCUAUCAAACCUAGGAAAUUCGGCCUUCUAUGGUCAAUGGGGUCGUUAUUAUUUGUAUUGGCAUUCGGUGUAUUCAUGGGACCUUUCGCCUAUUUAAAACAUUUAACUUCAAAGGAAAGAUUACCCUUCACUGUCUUCUUCUUCACUACUUGUUUCCUAACUAUUUACUUUGCUGCCUUUAUGAAAAGUACCAUUUUAACUAUCCCAUGUGCAGUGUUACAAUUGAUUGCUGUUCUAUAUUAUGCUAUUUCAUAUUUCCCAUUCGGUGGAACAGGUCUCAGAAUGCUAAGUUCCAUGGGGUUAAGCACUGCUAGAGGUGCCCUAAGAAUCUAA